AUUUAAUUUAAUAAAUAAUAUAAAAAAUUGGUAAGUAACGAAAGUACACAUUCAGAUCGUGUUGGGACUAUGAUGCCUAAUAGGAGUGCUCUUCUCUUCUUCCUUCCUCCAUUCCAUUAUAUUACCCCCUUAAUUACUCUCCUAAAUCUUCGCUCCCAUCUAACAACCCAAAACCCCUUCUGAUCUCACCUAACAAACAUCUCCUUCUUCCGCCGGUGCUCCGCCAUGGACAGCCGCCGGCGGCCUUCGAAGCCUCUUCUUACGUCCUCUGGAGAAGUCCUUCACCGGAAACAGGCUUCUCCGGUAACCGAUGAAGACCAGAUUCACCGCUCUCCUAAAGCUUCCGACGCUCUCCCUCUUCCUCUGUACUUGACCAACGCUGUCUUCUUCACGCUUUUCUUCUCCGUCGCCUAUUAUCUCCUCCACCGGUGGCGUGACAAGAUCCGAAACUCUACGCCUCUUCAUGUCGUUACGCUCUCGGAAAUUGCCGCCAUUGUCUCUCUCAUCGCAUCAUUUAUAUACUUGCUUGGAUUUUUUGGUAUUGACUUUGUUCAAUCGUUCAUUGCACGCGCCUCCCAUGAGGCUUGGGACCUGGACGAUGCUACACCUGAUUUUCUAGUCGACGACAGUGGCUGCCCACCGCCUUGUCCCAUCGUUCGAACCCCCAACUUGGAUCGUCAGGUUCUUGCAACAUUGUCAUCCGAAGAAGACGAGGAGAUUAUAAAUUCGGUAGUGCAGGGGAAAGUGCCUUCAUACUCGCUCGAGUCCAAGAUCGGAGACUGUAAAAGAGCCGCGGCGAUUAGACGUGAAGCGCUUCAGAGGACGACGCGAAGGUCGCUCCAGGGUUUGCCCUUGGAAGGGUUUGAUUACGAAUCUAUUUUGGGGCAGUGCUGCGAAAUGCCUGUUGGGUACGUUCAGAUUCCGGUGGGGAUCGCGGGUCCGUUGAUGCUCGAUGGGUUCGAGUAUUCGGUGCCGAUGGCGACUACGGAGGGUUGUUUGAUUGCGAGUACUAACAGAGGCUGCAAGGCAAUCCAUUUGUCUGGUGGGGCUAGCAGCGUGUUGUUGAGGGAUGGCAUGACCAGAGCACCGGUUGUGAGGUUUAGUUCCGCCAAGAGAGCUUCCGAGUUGAAGUUCUUCUUGGAGGACCCUGAAAAUUUCGACACUCUUUCCAUGGUCUUUAACAGGUCUAGUAGAUUUGCCAGGCUCCAAGGUAUUCAGUGCGCGAUUGCUGGAAAGAAUGUGUAUGUCAGAUUUACUUGCAGCACGGGUGACGCCAUGGGGAUGAACAUGGUUUCAAAAGGAGUUCAGAAUGUUCUUGAUUUCCUUCAAACCGACUUUCAUGACAUGGAUGUUAUUGGCAUAUCUGGAAACUUUUGUUCGGACAAGAAACCUGCUGCUGUAAACUGGAUCGAAGGGCGCGGCAAAUCAGUUGUUUGUGAGGCAGUGAUCAACGAAGAGGUGGUGAAGAAGGUUUUAAAAACAAACAUUGAUGCUCUUGUAGAGCUUAACAUGCUCAAGAACCUUGCUGGCUCUGCCAUUGCCGGUGCUCUCGGUGGAUUCAAUGCCCACGCCAGCAACAUAGUAUCUGCAAUAUUCAUAGCCACUGGCCAAGAUCCAGCACAAAACAUAGAGAGUUCGCAUUGCAUAACCAUGAUGGAAGCUAUCAACAAUGGCAAGGAUCUUCAUGUCUCUGUGACAAUGCCUUCAAUUGAGGUGGGUACAGUAGGAGGUGGGACUCAACUUGCUUCUCAAUCUGCAUGCCUGAACUUGCUUGGUGUGAAAGGUUCAAACAAAGAUUCCCCAGGAGCAAACUCUAGGCUACUGGCCACCAUUGUAGCCGGUUCUGUGUUAGCAGGUGAGCUCUCUUUGAUGUCUGCUAUAGCAGCUGGGCAGCUUGUCAAGAGUCACAUGAAGUACAAUAGAUCCAGCAAAGACAUGUCAAAAGUUGCAUGCUAAAACAUGUCAAAAAAGAAAAAGGGAAUGGGGUCCGGGCAAGAUGAACGAGCUAAAAUUAAAGAGUCCACUAGUCCAGGCUGUGUGGUUGGGUGUGUGCACAUGGGAAACUGUUGUGGGGGUUCAAUUUCCAUAGCUGUAAUAAGGGAUUUUGGUAUCUUUUAAGAGAGAGAAAAGUAAUAAUAUAACAUGGGGAAUGAGUUGGGUUGUGUUGGCUGUACAGGUUUUCUCUUUUGAUGCUCGUUUUGUUCUUCCCAACUUCUCUAAUUUUCUCCCAGCGUGACGUGUCAUUGAGUAGACAAUAUACUUUGGCAAUGGCAGGCCAUCAUCACUGCAGAUCUCCCCCACCUUCAAAAUCUGUGGUCUGUAUUAUGUCGAAGUCUUGAUUUUUUUUUUCCUUUUAAUUUUUCUGAAAAAGAGAUAGAUGUUUUUGUCUUAUGUGUUGGGAGAUGUUUGUAUAAUAAUAUUUUGUAGUGGGAUUCUUGUUCAAUCAAUGUCUUUUCUCUUGUCA